UGGCGGUCAAUUGGCGAGCCGUGUCUCAGCGCCCUUCUCUUAAAGCAGUCGGGUGAUCCUGGCGACAUCCAGGUUUCUCCCUCGAUCCUCCGGUGAUAGCCUCAACUCAGUCCGUCUGCCCGACAUGUACUCUGUCCACAUACUUGUGUUUGUGACAGCCGUUCUGUCCAUUGUGUCCAUUCUGCGAUGCAUUUGGGUGGCCGUAUAUCGACUGUUCUUCCAUCCCUUAGCCAAUGUACCCGGCCCACUUGUUGCACGAGCCACCCAUUUGUAUGCCUUUUGGUACAAUAUGCAUGGAUCAUUCUAUCUGCAUGUCCAGCAGCUGCAUGAGCAAUAUGGCCCCGUUGUCCGUAUCACGCCAGACGAGAUCCACCUGAGCGAUCCCGAGAACUGCGAGAAGAUCUACUAUAUAGGAUCCCGGUAUGGCAAGGAUCCUGACUUCUACGGUGCGUUCGGCACCAAGAAGGCGACAUUCACCACGCCGAGCCCCGACGUACACCGAGUGAAGCGGUCGGCCUUGAACCCCUUCUUCUCACGCAAAAGGGUGCUGGAGCUGGAGGACAUUGUGCAGGAGAAGGCGGAAACACUGGUCAACCGCAUGAAGGAGGCUUUCAGGUCGACAGGUCAGAUUGACCUGCACCAUGGCUUUCGGGCCAUCUCUGUCGAUGUCAUCACCGAUUAUGCGUUUGACGACUGCUAUGGAUUCCUCGGCCAAAAGGACUUUGGAGUUGCGUUUUUUGAAAUGAUCCGAGGCUUUGGCCCGGCGUUUUGGUUCUUCCAGCAAUUUCCUGCUAUCCAGGGGCUUGCACUCAGUACGCCGUUCUGGUUAGCUAAGCUGAUCAGUGAGCCCUUGUCAAGGAUGAUGUUGCACCACGAGGGGUCUCGCCGUCAAAUAUCCAAAGUGAAGGACGCCGUCGAUCUGGGCGAGAAAGGGACUCGGACGACCAUCUUCCAUCAGCUUCUUCACCCAGAGGCUGCGGAGGGUCAUGUAGUGCCCACGGUAGAGGAGCUCAAGGAUGAGGCCUACAUCAUGUUGGCCGCAGCUGCGGACACGACCGGGAAUGCGCUGACGAUCGCUACCUACAACGUUGUGCGCAGUCCGGAGAUCUACAAGCAGCUAACGAAGGAGCUGCAGCAGGCGUUCCCUGACCUGGACGGGCCCAUGGAUUUUGUGGCCUUGGAGAAACUGCCUUACUUGACCGCUGUUAUCAAGGAAGCCCUCCGAUUGUCAUGUGGAGUUCCCGGCAGGCUCCCUCGAGUCGUACCCGAGUCCGGCGCCGACUUUAAUGGCUAUCAUGUUCCUGCUGGGACUGUGGUUAGCAUGAGCUCGUGGACAAUGCACCAUAACGAAGACCUGUUCCCGCAAUCGGAGAUAUUUGAUCCAAGCCGAUGGACCGAUCCGGCCAAGAGCAAGACUCUGGAGAGGUAUCUCUUCUCCUUUGGCAAGGGGUCCCGGCAGUGUAUUGGGAUGCCACUUGCGUACUGUGAGCUGUAUGUAACCCUCGGCCGAGUAUUCCGACAGUAUGACGACCUGAAGACGGCCCGGAAGAGCCGCGAGGAGCUGAGGUACGACGACUACUUCUCCUCCUACCAUCUGAAGGGGCACACCCACUUUGUCUUUGAGCGGGCAGGCUGAUCGCCUUAUAUGCCUUGCCUUGCAUGCUUUUCUACGUUUCCUCCCCCUUAGCCUUUGAAUGAUACCACAGCGCCACGCCUCCCCCCAGUGUGCCUAGUAUAUGAAAGCAACCACUCGAAUAAUCCAGAGCUCAGAUCCCACAAAGACUCAGCUUGUAUUCGUCCCCACCCCAGUAAUAACACCUUUUCUUUGACCACGAGAAAUACUUU